AUGUCUUUUCGCCGCGUUACUCGUAGUCAGGCUCGGCAGGUUACCGGUAAGUGGAUAAACUCCGGGAGGUGGAGAGAGUCCAUUCUUCAUAGACUUGCAAUGUGCUUUUAAAUCGUGGGGUGGUGAGUGUUCUGAGAAUGGAAUGAGAGGCAAAAUCGAAAGUAAAAAAAAUAGGCGCUAGAUAAAAAGCUGUUCACACCCAAAAAGGACAGGAAAUAUCGUUAUGUACUUACUAUAGUAAACCCAUCACAGGUCCAGGAUGGUGUUAAGUGCUGGGAAUUCAAACUGGGGUGUUUCACUAAUAUGGUUUCAAAGAUUCAGACGCUAUCAGGGUUAUUCAGUAAAGUGAAUUUAAAAUGUAAAGGGUUGCUCUAAGCACCAUGACCUCUUAAAGAGAAACUAUAGUGACAGGAAAAUAAAGUUGUUUUCCUGGCAUUAUAGCUCCCCAUAGCCUAUAGCCCCCUUUUACCACUUCAGCUGGAAGGCUAUUCCAUGCAUCCACUACCCUCUCAGUAAAGUAAUACUUCCUGGUAUUAUUUUUAAACCUUUGUCCCUCUGAUUUAAGACCUGAUUUAUGUCCUCUUGUUCUGGUAGUUUUUCGUCUUUUAAAUAUAGUCUCCUCCUUUACUGUGUUGAUUCCCUUUAUAUAUUUAAAUGUUUCUAUCAUAUCCUCCCUGUCUCGUCUUUCCUCCAAGCUAUACAUGUUAAGAUCCUUUAACCUUUCCUGGUAAGUUUUAUCCCGCAAUCCAUGAACCAGUUUAGUAGCCCUUCUCUGAACUCUCGCUAAAGUAUCAAUAUCCUUCUGGAGAUAUGGUCUCCAGUACUGCGUACAAUACUCCAAGUGAGGUCUCACCAGUGUUCUGUACAAUGGCAUGAGCACUUCUCUCUUUCUACUGCUAAUACCUCUCCCUACACAACCAAGCAUUCUGCUAGCGUUUCCUGCUGCUCUAUUACAUUGUCUGCCUACCUUUAAGUCAUCUAAAAGUAUUACCCCUAAAUCCCUUUCCUCAGAUGUUGAGGUUAGGACUCUAUUAAAUAUUCUGUACUCUGCCCUUGGGUUUUAUGUCCAAGAUACAUUAUCUUGCAUACUUAUUAACCCUGAAUAGGGAACACUUGGGAUGGGUGGCAGAAUUAUAACAUGUGAUGCAAAAGUGAAUACAAAUAUACAAAAACAAGUCCUGCGCUCAGACUCCUGGGUGGCAGCAACGGCCAUAGCAUACAUCAGCCCUAAUGCAUACAAAACCAAUAAGGGGGAAAAAAAAGUUACCUCUGCACUAGCCCAAAUGCCUAUGCAUAUUUAAAUAAAUGGAGGUUAUUUAGUAACUCCAAUAGCAUUAGUGUUGUAUGGCUACAUUUUACCAAAAACCAUGGAAACAAGUCCCAGGUGUGCAUCACAUCCCGUCCCCCCCUUCUCUUAAAAAAAAUCCUUCUGCCACUUACAGUAACAGAAUGAUGCUUUCCUCUGGGAUUUCAGGUGACGCUGAAUGUUCUAAUGCAUAGUGUGAGGGCGAAUAAAAGUUGCCUAACCACCUGCUAGACAGCCACUAGAGAUGGAGUAAACCCUGGCCGGUAAUUAUGGCCAGUUUAUUAAAGGAUCACUAUAGUGUCAGGAAAACAAACUAGUUUUCCUGACACUAUAUAAUCCUUAGGGUUCCCCCACACUCAGGGCCCUCCUCCUGCUGGGCUGAAGGUGUUAAAACCCCUUUAGCCACUUACCUUUAUCCUGACGUCAGCUCCCAAGUGCACACGCAUUAAAAACACCCAUAGGAAAGCAUUUCUGAAACUGUUAUGUUUACAUCCGAUUGUGCUCGGCCAAAAUUUUGUGCUAGCUAAUGUUAAAGGACCACUCUAGGCACCCAGACCACUUCAGCUUAAUGAAGUGAUCUGGGUGCCAGGUCCAGCUAGGGUUAACCCAUUUUUUAAUAAACAUAGCAGUUUCAGAGAAACUGCUAUGUUUAUUAAUGGGUUAAGCCUUCCCCCAAAGCCUCUAGUGGCUGUCUCAUUGACAGUUACUAGAGGCGCUGCUUCUCACUGUGAUUUUCACAGUGAGAGCCAUCAAGCAUGUGUAAAUGCUCUUUCCUAUGAGCUGCUGAAUCUUGCCGCAGCUUGCGCUGUCGCAUUAGGGGGGAGGAGGAGAGAGGGGUGAGCCCCCCUGCUUGGAAAAAAAGUUUUAACCCCUUUCCCCUUUCCAGAGCUGGCGGGAGGGGACCCUGAGGGUGGGGGCACUCAGGUUAUAGUGCCAGGAAAGUUUUCCUGGCACUAUAGUGGUCCUUAAUUGUAUGUAUAAUUGGUGUCUGUGAUCAGCAUGCUGGUGAAAGAUGACCAAUGGUGGCAUGCAACCCCAUCGUUGCCAUCCAAGUCCUUCUGUCAGCAGUCCUUCCCCGUGCAGUGAGGGGGAGUGACGUCACCAGAGGAUCAGACUGCAAGUAGCACUUAGUAUGGGAUUCUAGGUACUUUUUUAUUUUAUUUUUUGACGGGAGGACUAUGCCAGUAAGGAUCACUCUAGUACUUACUGGCAUAGUAAUAGCUCGCUAUUUUUUAGGUUGAAGUCUUUAAUGUCAAAUUAGCUACACUUCCAAUUCAUCUAUUUUGGCUUAAAAGACUACUAUAGUGCCAGGAAAACAUACUCGUUUUCCUGGCACUAUAGUGUCCCACUCCCGCCGGGCUGGAUGGAGAGGAAGGGGUUAAACACUUACCUUUCUCCAGCGCCGGGCUUCCUCGGUGCUGGAGACUCUCCUCCUCCUUUCCCCGUCAUCGGCUGAAUGCGCAUGCGCGGCUAGAGCCGCACACGCAUUCAGCCAGUCUCAUAGGAAAGCAUUCUCAAUUCUUUCCUAUGGAUGCUGGCGUCUUCUCACUGUGAAAAUCACAGUGAGAAGCGGGGAAGCGCCUCUAGCGGCUGUCAGUAAGACAGCCACUAGAGGCUGGAUUAACCCUAAAGUAAACAUAGCAGUUUCUCUGAAACUGCUAUGUUUACAGCAGACAGGGUUAAUCCUAGGUGGACCUGGCACCCAGACCACUUCAUUAAGCUGAAGUAGUCUGGGUGCCUAUAGUGGUCCUUUAAAUUUGAAAUUCACUAUGAAUUUUCUCUUUAGGGAAUGAUCCUGUUUGUUUACACAUUGGGCACAUAUCCUUUCACGUAGAUAGCUAGCACACAUGUACAAUUGAGUAAUCUCUACCUUACAUACCUGUCUCCUGCUCUCUCCUAUGGGACAGUGCUUUGCUCUCUCCUCCAGCUCUGCUUCACUCCUACUUGAUAUUUCAUGUCCUAAUGUUUCUAAUACCCUACCUCCUAUAGUCUGUAAGUUCGUUUGAGCAGGGUCCUCUUCAACCUAUUGUUCCUGUAAGUUUUCUUGUAAUUGUCCUAUUUAUUGUUACAUCCCCCCUCUCAAAAUAUUGUAAAGCGCUACGGAAUCUGUUGGCGCUAUAUAAAUGGCAAUAAUAAUAAUAUGCUGGAGGAAACAUAGAAUGUGACGGCAGAUAAGAACCAUUCGGCCCAUCUAGUCUGCCCAAUAUUUCGAAAUACUUUUAUUAGUCCUUGGCCUUAUCUUAUAGUUAGGAUAGCCUUAUGCCUAUCCCACGCAUGCUUAAACUCCCUCACUGUGUUAACCUCUACCUCUUCAGCUGGAAGGCUAUUCCAUGCAUCCACUACCCUCACAGUAAAGUAUUACUUCCUGAUAUUAUAUAGGAAAUCUUGUUAAAUAAAGGGAAGAUCUAGGUGAAAAAAGUGUAUAUAUUUUUUUAACUUCAUUUGAACAAGGCAGGUAACGUGCAAAAUACGCAUCUAUUAGCUUUUCAGAAAUAUUUUUCCUAAGUUUAAAUCCUGCCUGUUCUGCAAGUUCUGCAGGUAAGCUGAUAAGCUCCCCUUCCUUGUUAUAGGAACAUUUAGGAAUACAAAACUGUAUUCUUAUCAUUAUAGUGUCCCUCUGCCUGCCUUUUUUAAAUUUUAUUUUAUAAAUAAAGUUAUCUCUUUGUGUACUAGAUUCCCCUCUGCACCACUCCCCCCCCCCUCAAAUGCCAUGGUGUCAAUGAUAACUAUAUCCUCUUAUUUACUGCUGAUGUACACCUAAUAACCCUUACUGAUAAUUGUUUGGUCUUUUAUUUUCAUUAUUAAAGGUGAUGCUACACAAAUAUCCUCUUUUAAUACCAGUGCCAGUCCAAGAUCAGGUAAAGGAUGUUCUAAAUCAAUUCUAAGGUGUCUGUUUAUCAAAUUGUAUACAGUUGAAAAACAAUCAGCAAAAUUUAGGCAUAUAUUUCUGGUGUGUGGAGCUUUGUUCUUCAGGGUUUAUUCACUAAAUCUCAGUAACUUGAAAUCUGGAUGGCAACAAUUAGGCUCAAAUAAACCAGCUGUAUGUACUAUGCGUACUAUAGCUGAGAUGGCGAAAUAUUACAAACCCGCACUUAUGACGGUUUCAGAGAAACUGCUAUGUUCACAAAUGGGUUAAUCCAGCCUCUAGUGGCUGUGUCAUUGACAGCCGCUUGAGGCGCUUCCGCGCUUCUCACUGUGAUUUUCACAGUGACGCCAGCGUCCAUAGGAAUGCUUUCCUAUGAGACUGGCUGAAUGCGCGUGCGGCUCUUGCCGCUCAUCCGCAUUCAGAUGAUGACGGCCAAAGGAGGAGGAGAGUCCCCAGCGCCGAGGGAGCCCGGCGCUGGAGAAAGGUGAGUUUUUAACCCCCUUCCUCUCCCUUCAGCCUGGCAGGAGGGGGGCCCUGAGGGUGGGGGCACCCUCAGGGCACUAUAGUGCCAGGAAAAUGAGUUUGUUUUCCUGGCACUAUAGUGGUCCUUUAAAGCAGCACUGUCACUGUAGAUAUAUCUAUAGUUGGGAACUUUUGCAGUGAAAAUUUAUACAUGAGCCAUGUCUCAUGUCCCAAUAAUCUUGACACGGCCAUGUGAGCAGAAAAGUGACUUUGUCCUCCACCAAAAAUGAAAAGACUCCACAAGUGAAAGUGCUGCUUUAAACCUCUGACACAUGUGCCAUUUUUUUUUUACCUGGACUGUGUUAUGGCAUGAUUGAAUUUUUGAAUAUCUUUUGAAUAAUACAGAAAUUCAUUUUUAUAUAUGCACAUAUGUUGCAUUCUUCCUUAAAAGAAUCGAUUCGUCUGGCAUAUCCUAAAAAUGAAUUGAAAAGUGUUCUAUGCCAGAUGCUCUAGAAUUGAAUCUCUUACUCCUUACGACUUAUACAAUACGAUCGUUUCUAUCUAUGUUUAGAUAUAAUAAUAAUAAUAAUAAUAAUAAUACAGAACUGGCUUUUUUUAGCAAGUGUUUUGUUUGUUUUUUAAUAUAGCAUCAAGUUGUUGUUCUUUUAUUUUCUUUUUUCCCUUUUCCACCAAAAAGCUUUUGUUUUUACCUAUUAAUUGUUCCUGAUUAUAUUUUGGGUUUUUUAUGUUCUUUUAGUUGGUGGAAAGCCCUCAUCUACUAAUGUUCCCAAAAACAAGGGACAGAACAGAGGUAAAGGUAAAUCAUGUUCUAGAUCGAAAUGAUCUCUUAUGCCUUGCUGCUUUUAAAACUAGAUAGUUUCUUAUUAUAAUUAAAAAUGCCUCCAAUCUAAGGUUCUGGUUCAUUUCUUUUAAUGACUGAAAUUGAAUAUCUCUGCAGAAUCAAUAAUACCUCGUAUAAGUACACCUGUAAAAGAGAUCAAAUUUAUGAUUUCUUUUAUUAUUUUUUAAACAAAAUUUUCUAUGGUACUAUUCGAUAAUUUUAUCAUCAAAUAUAUAGCUUUUACUACCUGUUGAUUAUCCCUAAUCAUCAUUGGUUGGGCUCUUUUUAUUAAAAAUUUUAAGAAAAAUUAGCUUGGUGCAGGUUAUAAAUUGUUUGUUAUAGCACCACUAUACAUUACCAGUGCAAUGGAGAUCCAUUGAACAAUUGUUACGAUUCUUAUAGUUUAUUUUGCUAUUUAUUAUAUUGGAUUUUAAGAAAUUAUCCGAAGCUAAUUUUUCACUAAGGAAUUGGUCCCGAAGUUAAAGGGACACUAUAGGCACCCAGAACACUUCAGCUCAUACACGUGGUCUGAGUGCAGUGUCACUAUUGCCCUUAGUCCUGCAGUGUAAAACAUGGCAGUUUUAGAGAAACUGCAAUGUUUACAUUGCAGCACUACGACAGCCUCUAGUGCAAGGCUUGACAAAUUUACUUGGACUCUAGGAGCCAGCUAAAAAUGUUAGGAGCCAGUUUAAGUUACAAUGAUAAAUAUACAAUUCUUAAAUAGACACUAUAGUCCCCAGAACCACACAGCUUAAUUAAGUUAUUGUGGUGCCUAUACCCUGUCCCUGUAGCCUUUUCAAAAUAAACGCUAGAUUUUCAGAGAAAAGGCAUUGUUUACAUUGUUGCCUAGUAACAGUCACUCAGACGGCCACUAGAGAGUCCUGUGUUCAGCGUCUCCACACUCUGCAUAGAGGUGCUUAAUGUUACCCAUAGAGAACAUGCGCAAUAUCCUCCCAAUGCUUUCCUAUGGGAAAGCGUUGGUUUAGCGGAGAUCAUAAAGAUUGAUGAUCUCAGCCAUGGAGGUGGUACAAGCCACGGCGACACCGUCACGGCGUGGGGAAAAGGGUGAGUGAAAACACCUCUCAUGUGAUCGGUGGGGGGCAGGUACCUAAACAGACACACACUCUCCAACACAGUCACUCAAACACUCUAACACACACUGAUAGACACACAUUUUCUUACACAAACACUGACAUAAUUACACACGCACACAUUUUUACACACGCACACUGACAUACAUACACACACACACAAACACUGACAUGCAAACACACAUUUUCUCACACACUUACACAAACACUGACAUACACACACACGUACACAAAAACAUACACUGACAUACACACUCACACAUUGACAUUUUUAAUUUGAAUCCACCCAGCGUCCCUGCCUUUGGGAGAGCUCAGUGGACUUUCCAUGGGGUCCAGUGGGGCUGCUCUUCCUAUGUGCGAGGGAACAGUAAUUUACCUGCGGCUCCUCUCAGUUCCCUGUAGUGAUACCAGGGCCGGAAUGACGUCCCCCGGCGAGGGAGCUGCAGGAAGAGCACUGCUCUCUUGCACACAGGAAGAUCACUGCUCCCUUGUGCACUGCCCCUUUCUGCUGCCUUCAUGCAGCCCAGGGCGGCCACCUCCACGAUCCCUGAGCCGGCAACCGGUGGUCAGUUACAUUCUCCCUGAGCCGGCCGCCCCGGUUCUCCCCAGAUCGGUCGGCUACACGCUCCCUGAGCCGGAUGCCCCCAUUCCCCCCAGGGCUGUCGGCUACACGCUCCCUGAGCCGGAUGCCCCCAUACUCCCCAGGGCGGUCAGCUACACACUCCCUGAGCCGGCCGCCCCCAUUCUCCCUAGGGUGAUCGGCUACAUGCUCCCUGAGCCGGCCUCUUCCAUCCUCCCCACGGCGACCGGCCGGCUCCAGUGAUCUCCCAACGGUCGCUUUAGCUAAAGGGCUGCAAAUCCCAGGCGCCAGGGUGAAAUUUCUAGUCGCCAUGGCGACCUGGCGCCUGUGAUAUGUCGAGCCCUGCUCUAGUGGCUGGCCACUAGAGGCACUUCCUGCUUGCUUGGAUGCCCUGCGUGAAUACAUCUAGCACCAGUGAAAUCCCCAUAGAAUAGCAUUGCAGAAAUGCGAUCGCAGCGCAUGUGCAUUAGACCACGUCGGAGAAGGCUGAGCGCCGACCCAGCACCAAGUAACAUCAGCGCUGGGAUAAGGUAAGUAGAUAAAGGAUCCUUUAUAUUUAAAAGGAUUGGCCGGGAGGGGAACCAGACAGACUAUGUUGCUAGGAAUACAGCUUUCUAUUCCUAACACUAUAGUGUCCCUUUAAUGCAAUAAACAUUGUUUGGCUCCCUGUUAAAUAAAACAGACAAACAAAAAACAUUGUAGGUAUUUAAGCCAAUUAUAGAUAAGCAUAUUCCGCUGUUGCUAACCUCUAAUGCAGAGGUGAGUGGGUCUCUCAGAGUUGUUCAGCUGCUCAGGGUCAAUCCAGUGCUUCUCAUAGAGAGUCAUUGGGGUCCUAUGGCACAUACACAGCAAUCACUUUGCUUCACCAGUGCUCCUCUAUAACGUCCUCUUUGAGCAAAUACUCGAAGCAAGUAAAGAGAACACACACACACUCCGUCCAUCUAUCCAUCCUCUUUACCCCUAAUCAACUUCAGAAAGUAUAUAUUCUUUAAAGCUCUGUCAUAAAUGGAAUAUGUUGCCUGGGCUGAAAAUUGUUGCAGAACUUAAAUAAUAAUACAGAACAGGCUUUUUCUCAAAGCCAGAUGAUUUUUGAGUAAAUACAGAAUAUCUCUAGAUUAAGCUCCUGUUUUACCAAUUAAUUAUUCCUGAUUGUGUUUUGUUAUUUGUGUGUGUUUGUUUGUUUUGUCCAUUUGCAUUAUUUUUUAGUUGAGUGGAAGCCUUCCUAUAUUAAUGUUUCCAAAAAUAAGGGAAAGAACCGUGGUACAGGUAAACAAUGUUCUAUAUAGAGUCUCUUACUCCUCUCUGCUUCUAAAACGUGAAAGAUACUUUCUGACUAUACACAUGUGCUAAAACUACACUCCCCAUAUAAGUUCGGGUGUGUUAUACUUUUUUCAUGAUUGAACAUUUCUUACAAAUAAUAUUUCCAUUCAGGGAUUGUACAGACAGGUCAUCACACAGUACGUACACCUGGAAAUGGGAUCAAGUUUAGUGACUCACUAGUUUUCUGAGUAUUUCAUGUAUUGAUAUUCCAUAUUUGGAAUUAUAUUCCUUCUACCAAACUUUUCAGAAAAUAAAUCCACGAUUUCUUAUUUUCGUUUUAAUCAGAUUGGGGCUAUUCACAUGGCACAAUAUGAUCAUUACCUCAACUGUCUAAUGUGUGUCCUGCAUCUUGGUCCCCACUUCCACUUACGUGUUGGUUUGUAGUAACUCAUUGUGUUUUUGAGGGUGAAGAUUUUUUUAAAAUAAGCAAUCUUUGAAAGAUGACCACGUUUUUUUGUUGGUAAAUAAAUUUAAAAAAAAGUAGUUGGGUUUUAGUUGAUUAAUAGAAAUGACUGUUGUUAUGGUUGUUAUAUUUUACACGCAAUGUUUGUAAGAUGAAGAAGCCUCAGAGAUGAUAAUAAAAGCACAUUCAGACAAUUACUAGGGUUGUUUUUGUCUGUAAUACAAAUUUCCAAUAAAAGAAAAUGUAUACAGACUAAUUGGUAAGUAAAGUUAAUUUUCCAGCUACUGGCACAGAACUAUAUAGUAGAAGUCCCUUGAUGGAACAAUUUUUUUUCUACAUGAAUAAAUCUCUCCUUUGUUUUGGGUGUCUGUGACAUCCUUCUGUUGAAGUGCUUUAAUAAUUACAUGUGUGUAGACAAAUGUUUGUGACAAAAGUAUUUGUUAUUUAAGGUUUUAUGAAAAAAGAAAAAAAACUUUAUCUUUUCUGAUAUCAGAUAUAGCAUCCGUUUUGCCCAUUUAAAAAUAUUUUCUUCUUGCUUUGCAGAAAUUCCUUUGGGACGGCCGGCAAUCCACGAUAUCCAAGAAGGUAAUAGAUAUAUCAGCCAUCUAGCGAACUCCUGUCUGCACCUAGAUGGAAUACUCUUGGGAUUUUGUCACUAAGCAAUGCAGUUGGAGUGAACUGAAACUGAAUUGCAACAUUUAUGAAGCUUGACUAAAUUUACCUAAGUGUUGCUAACUGGAAUUCAGAUGACUACAAUUUCAUGUUUAGUGAAUAAACCUAAUUGACUAUAUAUUUAAACAUCUAAUCCUAGCAGAGGCUAAUACCUCUCCAUGUCAGGUGUAUCUUAUUAUUGUGUUGCAGACCAAUGAGCUACUCACCCUUAGAGAGCUGCUUGUGUGUGCGUAAAAUGUGAAUACAAUGAUUUGGAGGUUAUUCACUAAGGUGAAUUUUAGCUAUAUUUCAUUUCAGAUAAUUUGGCCUGAAAAAGGAUAAUCACUUUAAAUUCCUGACAGUUAACACUCAUGUGAAUAGUAUGUUAGUGUGCAAUAUUCCCAUAUUCCCAGCAAUACCGUUAUGUUAAAUUCAUCCUAGUAUUUCAAAUAGAGACUUCCUUACACUUUCUAAAACAACAAACAAGAACAAAAUUAAACAUCUAGAGUCCUUUCAAAGCUAAAAUAGAUAUUUUGGUCUCUGAUUUGUAUGCCUUAUUAUCAUAUAUCAAAUAUAAUGGAGAAAUAUCGUUUUAACAUAAAGGGUAGCUCCAAACACCAUGACCACUUUAAUGUUUUUAAGUGGUCAUGGUGCUUGGAGACUACAUGUGCAGCUUUUCAGCUUGAAGCACUACACAUACAGAGAUAUAUAUAUAGCCCAGUGCAGCCAGAGAUGUAACUCGAACAAAAACAGUCUUUUUUUUGGUAGGAGUAACCCUUUACAGCAGGAUUUCACUAAAAAUGUUAAUGAACGUAAACAAAAAGUUAAUAUAAAUCUGUGAUUAAUUAUGAGCUAGUAUUUUCUGGUUAAUAAAACCAUCUGCUAGAAUAAUCGUGUUUUCAUGCCUAUACAAUUCGUGCUCUGGUGCUUUAAAAUGAAAGUGAUGAGGCCAAAAUUGAUGGAGGGAGGGCACUAAGACACCUUUGAAACUCAUCUGUUGUAGGUUAACUUUUUAUUUUUCCAUGCUUUCGCAGAUGACUCUGAUAAUCAGGAAGAUAAUAGUCAUAGCAGUUCUGAAGGCAGCGGGAGUUCAUCGGAGCAUGAAUGUAAGAAAUUGGUUUGGGACAGUUACUUUUCACACCUGUUUAUUGUCUGCGCUUAGAAGUGUGUGUUUAACUCGGGUAAAUAUUUCUAGGGAUAUUCCAUUAGAAAGACACACAUACAGAAACACUGAUACUAAUUGGGAAAGAAAUAUGUUGAUAUACUCACAUGCAAAAUCACGCUCAGCACAUGAGAGAAACAUAAACAAACUCAUGCAUGUGGAUAAACUUACAUACCCUCUUAUGCACAAACACAGUCAGAUAUAGAUAAUAAUGCGUAUAAAGAUACAGUCAUGGUCAUUGUUGUUGUUUAGUCGUUCACUCGUGUCUAACUCUCUGUGACCAUAUGGACCAUAGCACACCAGGUACAUCUGUCAGUCACUGCCCCUCUGAGAUCCAACAACUUCAUGUUCGUGGCUUCAGUGACCUCAUCUAUCUAUCUCUGUCUCUGUCGUCCUCUUCUUCGUGUGCUUUCCAUCUUUCUCAGAAUCAGAGUCUUCUCUGGAGAAUCCUGCCUUCUCAUUAUAUGGCCAAAAUAUUUGAGCUUCAGCCUCAUGAUCAUAGCUUCCAGUGAAAAGUUUGUCUUGAUUUCCUGUAGUACGGAUUCAUUGGAUCUUCUUGCAAUGCAAGGGAUUUUAAGCAGUUUUCGUCAACACCACAGUUCAAAGUGUCAGGAUUACUGUUUGAUCCAGCACGUAGAACUGUACAGCACGGAUGACAAAUAAGUAACGUAUUACCGGUCCUUAGAAUGGCCGGAUUUAACGUACAUAGAAUAGUCAAAAAUACUAGCCGAGGUCAGGGAACACAGAAAGGGAUGCAGCGAUGAGGAAAGCCAGGAGUCAGGAUACCAGAAUAUAGAGAAGUCAAAAACCAGGUAGAAAACUAUAAACAGGAAUGCGCUCUCGGACAUCCACGACAGGGCACUGAGCAGGAUGAGAACUGGGCCUAAAUACCCCUCCUCUAGAUCUGAUCCUCUAGAUCUGACCCCAAAGUCAGUUACCAGGUUUCAUCUGCAUAAUUGCUGCUCAGCAUUAACCCUUCUGUGGAUUAGGUUGCUGCUCGGCACAACUUUUCUUGUGUGGACAGUAAAUGUAAUUAACCACAUUUUUAAAAGUGGAUGAAUACGUGACACAAAGGCAGCAAUUCUAUGACGCUCAGCCUUCUUUAUAGUCCUGCUCUCACAUCAGUAUGUUACUACUGGGAAUACCAUAGUUCUGACUAUGCUGACCUUUGUGGAUAGUGUAAUAUCUUUAGUUUUUACCAGCUUGUCCAAGCUUGCUGUAGCUUUCCUCCCCAGAAGAAAACGUCUUUUAAUUUCAUGACUACAGUUAUCAUCUGAAGAGAUCUUGGAUCCUAGGAAAAUAAAAUGUCCCUGCCUCCACUUCUUCCCCAUCUAUUUGCCAGGAACUAAGAUUGCUGUUUGCCAUGAUCUUAGUCUUUUUAAUCUUAAGCAGCAAGCCAGCUUUUACACUCUCUUCUUUUACCCUCAUCAACAGGUCAUUUAGUUCUUCCUCACUUUCAGCCUUCAGAGUAGUAUCAUCCACAUAUCUAAAGUUGUUGAUAUUUCUUCCAGCAACAUUGAUUCCAGCUUUGGAUUCAUCCAGCCCAUCCUUACGCAUUAUGUAUUCCGGAAAUAAGGUGGCCAUAUACAACCUUGUUGCACUCCUUUCCCAAUCCUGAACCAUUCUGUUGUCCCAUGUUCGGUUCUGACUGUGGCUUCUUGCUUGACAUACAGAUUCCUCAGGAGGCGGAUGAGAUGAUCUGGUACUCCCAUCUCUUUAAGAACUUGCCACAUGUUGUGAUCCACACAGUCAAAGGCUUUAGAAUAGUCUCUGAAGCAGAAGUAGGUGUUUUUCUGGAACUCUCUGGCUUUCUAUAUUAUCUAUAUUAUCCAUCGUACAUUGGCAAUUUGAUCUCUUGUGCCUCGUCCUCUGCGGAACCCAGCUUGUACAUCUGGUAAUUCCUGUUCCAUAUAUUGUUUGAGUCGAGCUUGUAGGAUCUUAAGAAUUAUUUUGCUGGCACGUGAAAUUAUUGCAAUUGUUCGAUAAUUGGAGCACUCUUUGGCAUUGCCUUUUUUUGGGAUUGGGAUUGGGAUGUAGACUGACCUUUUCCAGUUUUUUGGCCACUGUUGAGUUUUCCAAAUUUGUUGGCAUAAGGCAAGCAGAAUUUUCACAACAUCAUCUUGCAGAAUUUGGAAUAGUUCAAUUGGGAUUUCAUCAACUCCUGCAGCCUUGUUAUCUGCAAGGCAUCCUAGGGCCCAUCUCACUUCACUCUCCAAGAUUUCUGGUUCCAGCUCAUUGGACCAACUAUGAGGUCAUCACUGCUGUUAAGAUCCUUCCUGUAUAGAUCUCCAGUGUAUUCCUGCCAUCUCUUCUUUAUCUGAUCUUCUUCUGUUAAGUACCUGCCAUUUUUUUCUUUUAUCACACCCACUUUGGCAUGAAAGGUAACUUUUAGAUCCCCAGUUUUCUUGAAUAGAUCUCUUGACUCUCCCAUUCUUUUAUCUUCUUCUAUCUCUUUUCAUUGCUCAUUUUCAUUUUGCUCAUGUCAUCUUCUUGCUAUCCUUCUGUAUUCUGCAUUCAGUUGGACAAUUCUUUUCCGAUCUCCACUACUUUUCUUUUCAUGGUCACAGUCACACAUAUAUACACAACCAUGUAAAGAAAAGAGCUCAUGCAAACAUCCUCAACUUUGUAUUCUUAACAUUAUAGAAUUCCUUUAAGCAUUGCAGUGGAGUAAAGUGCAACAGUUUGUUAAAUCGGUUGUGGGAUAGAUGGGCAGAGGCUGGCAGCUCAGGAGCAGUUUCCUACGGGGACUACUAGUUUGAAGGGGGAGUGUGCUCCUGGAAACAGGUUGAUUACUUUGUUUCUGAGCUGCUACCAGGAGGACGCUUUUUCUAACAUUCUUGCGGCAGAGGCAAGCAGAUUGUCUAAUAAUAAAGUAAGGUGUAAUCUGGCUGCAGCUCAUGGGCAGCCAGAGAAAGUUUAAGAGUAAAAGAAGGGAAUUUUAGAGAAAAAAAAAAGUACCGGGGGAAAGGCCACUUGCUCAAGUGUUUUCCAGGUCUGGGCUCCCCUGUGUCCUGUCCAGUGUUUUCUUGACACUGCAUGAAGGUUAGACUAAUACAGUGCCAUGUGACCAGAAAAGUUUGUAUACAUUUCUCUAGCCCCAUUCCUAAAUGGAUCAGUGACGGGAUAACAAUAACAGUAUUAAAAAUCUUUAGAUCCAGGGUUUUACAGGUCUACAGUCAGGGCUUAAGUCUCUAAAGUACAAUACUCUAACACCACCACCAAAGGUGGCCCUGAAGCUUGAAGAAAAGGGCUCACCAUAGUGUCCCAUAGGAUUAGAUUUAGGUAAUCUGUUUUGCUCUGAAAUAAUUAUUUAAAAAAUAAUAAUAAUAAUAAUUUUGAAUAAAUAAUUUGGGACAUUAAGAAGUUGGGAAAUACAAAUAAGUACUGUGCUUAGCUUUGGGUAAUAGAAAAGAAAAUGGUAGUGUAGUUUUGAAAAAGCCAAUUCAGGUUGUUUUUUUAUGCCAAAACCUGAUAGAUCCAUUGAGUGUUGAAGAACAAAGGAACAGGAAUGAGAAACUAAGGAAAGAACGAGAAACUAAGGAAGGUAAGAAAAUACAGUGACGCUAUACAUGUAAAUAUCUUGAGAUAUGUUGUGAAUGAUGCUGCGUUUUUAUUGUGGACUUUGAAGCUGUGUUGCCACUGAGUAAGUGUGAGCACUUGCACUGUGAUAUUUUGGUCAUGCACUGGCACUUUAUCUCGAAUUCCUAUCUUCUACUAUGCUGCUGGAUUUUAAAGCGGAACUGUCAUGCCGAACUUACCUUUCCCCAAUCGCGCUCAGGUUUUUAUUUUAUUUUAAGUUCAACGGGAAUGAUGGAUUUUUAUUUGGUCAUUUUUGGGGCUGAACAUAGAAGGUUUUAGAAAAAGGAAGACAUCUAAUGGUAAGUAGGAUUUUUUUUAUUUUUUUUUUUACAGGUAUUUAGGUUUAUUGCUAUUAUUUAGGGUGAGGGGUUUAGGUAGGGUUUUAUUUUAUUUGAGGGGGGUUACUAGUGGCUUGGGCACCCCCAGUCACCUUUGGUGGGGAGGGUCAUUUUUACAUUUAGCACCCACCUGUCACCCAUAGGUGGGGCAAUAGGUCACCCCCCCCUAUUGUAAUUAUGGCCCCCACCCACCUCUCAUGGGUGCGUGCCGAGGGAGGGGGAGAGAUACAAUAGAUCCUUCCCCCCCCCCCUAUUGUCAUUUAGGGCCCCCACCUACCGCUCAUGAUAAUAGUCUGCCUGCCUCCCCCAUUGUAACCUAGGGCCCUUACCCGCUGCUCAUGGGUGAGGGCCAAAGGGGGAUACUAGGCCUGCAUUUAGUUUUAAAAACUUUCCGUAUCUUUUUUAUUUUUUUUUAUUUUUUUUGGUUUUUAGAAAACCAAAAAACCCAAGUAUUUUCUUAAAACAAUACUUGGGUUUUUUGUUUUUCUAAAAACCUUAAAAAAAUUAAAAAAAAGGAUAGGGAAAGUUUUUCAAAUUGUUUUAAUUUUAUGGUUUGGACAUAUCUGUGACAGUGUCAUGGGAUGACCUCUCUUCUGUUCCCUUUUACAUAAUGUGUGUGUUACCUUUUCAGAUAGGUAUGAAACGAGAAGAACUGAUGCUUACUUCAGGCAGAAUAAACAGCCAAUAUCGACUUCUCUUCGGCAUGAGCACCCAAAACGUGAGUGAAGGACAAUACGAUAGAUCGUUUUUUUAAUGUUCUUAAUUCUGAUAUAAUAAUGUUAUUGGAAAUAUGGCAACGUCUGUUGUAAUCCAUGUAUAUUUUCUAUCACUUGGACAGAAAGUAUUCAAGAGCAAGGAACUAAUUUUAAAUUUGUGCAGUCUGCGCAUGACUUUUCUUUGAAUCGUGACCUAAAUAGUGAGUGAAGGACUGUAUCAAAGAUAAUUUACAUUGAUUAAUUUACAUUAACUGGCUCAUGUUAUCUAUGGUAUAUACAUAGAAAAUAUGGCUAGCACUCAACAGAUGUGGAUCGAUGUAACAUGCAGCCAUUAAAGGACCACUAUAGGCACCCAGACCACUUCAGCUUAAUGAAGUGGUCUGGGUUCCUGGUCCAGCUAGGAUUAACCCUUUCUUCUAUAAAUAUAGCAGUUUCAGGGAAACUGCUAUGUUUACCUAUGGGUUAAUCCAGCCUCUAGUGGCUGUCUCAUUGACAGCCGCUAGAGGCGCUUCCACGCUUCUCACUGUUAUUUUCACAGUGAGAAGACGCCAGCGUCCAUAGGAAAGCAUUGAUAAUGCUUUCCUAUGGACUGGCUGAAUGCGCGCGCGGCUCAUGCCACGCAUGCGCAUUCAGACGAUGACGAGGAGAGUCCCCCACCCGGCGCUGGAAAAAGAGUUAAAUUUAACCCCUUCCAACCCCUGGAGCCCAGCGGCCAAAUGAGAAAGAGAAAUCCUGUGCUCCUCCAGGUCCAUAGAUAACAUAAAGAAAAAAUAAACUCAAAGCAUACCAUAAAAUAUUGCAUAGAAAAGAUCUUUAUUCAAAAAACAAGAUGUAAAAAAACACACAAAAUAUAAAGUGCAAGCAUGCAAAAAAAUGAACCAUGUAAACAGCCACAUAAACCCAGGCAUUGAAAUGCUCACUAUAUAAGUCGAAAAUGUAAGAUAGCAAAUGGGUAUACUAACCCAGAACUGGAGACUCACAAAACCCCAACUUUUCAGUGUUCAGCCUUCCUCAUCAUCCCUGAAGAAGGCUGAACACCAAAAUGCCGGGGUUUUGUGAGUCUCCAGUAAAGGAUAUAUAUUGCAACAAAAACAGAAUAUCAGAACUCUGAGAAUGGCAAAAAGCUCAAUAGCUUGCCCUUUGCAUAUAUACACAUAUAUUUGGUGUUUUUUCAUGUCUUGACAGAAAAUGAUGAAGGAAAAGAGGCUUAUGAAGAAUUCCAAUCUUUUAACAAGUCAUUUGUUUCUCAGACACGUUCCCUAAAUGGUAAGUGAAAGAUUAUAAAAUUUACAAGUUUUUGUUUAGAUAAAAUGAAAGCUAUCUGCGUUUCCAUUUUUGAAAAGAAGUUAUGUUUUUUUCCUUCUUAUGCAUAAACGAAGGCAGUGAUACAGAUAAUGAAAUGUAGUGCAUGAGAGAUACAGUAUUUGCAAAGGUUACAUCUCGAAACUUGCAGAAACAAAUUUGGAAUUUUUAUUUAUAUUCAUUAUUUUAGGAAGUGCAAAGUAUAACAGACUUGGAGGUUCAAACAUUUCACAGGAGUAUACAUAGCAAUGCUAAAGAGCAGAAUAGGAAAUGUCGAUAAUGCUGCACUUUUUUAUAUUUAAAGGAGAGAGACAGACAAGGCACAGCCCUAAUAUAGGUUGAAUAGAAUCGGUUUGGAAGCUUCAGAACUAUAGAACGUUGGAUAGCUUAUUCCACCCGGAGGCCCCACUAGCCAACUUCAGAGCAGUGAGAUGCCAGUAUGAGAACCGCCAGUUCCCUCAGUACCCUCAGUAAUAAGCACCAUAUGCUCACCCCUCUCCAGUGCCUGAUUAGUCAAAGGGCAGCUGUUAAGUAUAUGGCUUAGUCUUAGUCUUCGGGCCCAUCUUGGGGCCGGUAUCCGUGCUGUGCUGGUGGUCUCCGGUGUGAGACCUGUGACUCCUGCCAUGCAAGGUACUGCUGUCGUUGAGUCAGCUUCAGCCAGAAGUUAGCAAAGAGUUUGUCUAGCCGAGACAAAAGGGAGCUCAUGGCAUCCGCCAUUUUAGGGUAGACUCCUUCAGACUUGCCCACUAUCUCCCUAACUUGAGCACGUAGGAGUAGGGCCUCCGAGGUGUGGACUGGGAUAUCCCCCGCUGGUCCAGAAGGGGGGGGGGGGGCUGCUCCAUAACCCACAGGGACUUGGCGCCACUCUGUUCCAGCUAUCGGCCGCCUCGCCAGACCAACGUGAACACUAGGCCCCACCCGCACCUCCAGGGAUUACAGGACAUUCCAGCCACGGAAGUACACCGAAGGGCCCCGGCCGGUGUCAGGGUUAGGCAAGUCUCGGUAGAGGUACGUUUGGGGGUGAUAUCAGUCAAUUAGACAGCUCAAGGGGAAGUUCAAGCUUGGAGCUCAAGUGAAAUGCGUCUAGCUGUCAUAUUGCUCAGGCCCCGCCCCCAAAUUUGGAAUUUUAAUAUUUUUAGGUCUCAUUUCCAAUGCUGUCAGUAAAUACCACAUGUAAGCUGUUAUUAUUAGUAGCAGCAAGUAGAUAUUUGUGGUCUCAAAAUACUGACUCAUUUCCAAGGUUCACCCCUACCUUUAGUGACUGUGACUGCAUGCUAGAUUGUAAGCUCUUUGAGCAGGGCCAUCAACAUCACUGCCAAUAUUAUUUUCUAUCAUUUACUCGUUUUCAAAUAUCGCCAUUCUAUAAUUGUAAAGCAUUAUGUAAUAUGUUGGCAUGAUAUACAUUAUAUUAAUAAUUAUAACAACAACAACAUCUCACUCCACUUGUCCCUUAACACCAAGAUGAGGUAGGUUUUCAUUUUGGUGAGAUAGCUGCAGCAGGUAAAAUUUUGGAACUAGCAAGGGAACAAGUCGGUAACUAGUGUUUAUCGUCUUAUACUGUCCUCUGUGGGGGAAGUUGAUAGUCUACCAACCUGGAAAUUUUGUCAAGAGCUCUCUCUCAUCAACGUUGGCAAAAGUAAUUUUAAAGUGUAGCGACUUGUUGGUAGAACUUCCAAUAACAUUGUAAUGGAGACCUUCUAUGGGUAUCUAGUGGACAACUUGUGGCAGCUGCAGUUUUAUUAUAUUUUCAGUUUUAUUAUUAUGUUUUCAUGUCUAAUCUUUUAGCUGUACUAUUUUAUGUAUUCGGUUUCUAUACCUAGAUUUCUCUUCUCUUCUGUUUGCUUUAUUUAUUUAUUUUCCUGCUCAUUUUAAGCUAACUGGAGGCUUUGUUUUUCAGACUCUAAAGCUACUGGAAAUUACUCACAGGGAAACCUAACAUUUUCAGAUGGUAUGUUAUCUAUAAUUAUGAUUUUCUAUAUGCUUUUGGUCAGAUAAUAUAGUAAAUUUUCAGCUGCAAAAGACGGGUUUUUUUGGGGGGGAGGAGGAAGGAAAAAAUUGAUGGCAUAUCUUUGAUCAUUUCGCAAACCUUGUAUGUUUUCAAAACUACAAUAUUUCUUUAGUCAGAAAUAAAUUGGCUACAGAACCUGUUUCCACUAGGUGAAAUCCAUGUGUCUUGAUUUUUAAACGUUUACUCCAGCCAAACACCAGUCUUUUCAUAAAACACUAGUUUUGGUUAGAGCAACCCUUGUUGUGCCGGUCUGCACCCCCUUCCAAAAAAAAUAAAUAAAAAUAAAUAUAUAUAUAUAUAUAUAUAUAUAACACUCACUUCGGUCCAGUGCCAGGACCAAGUUCACCCUGCAACUCAAUCAUCCAUGGCUGACAUCACUCCCCAAUGCCAGAGGGGUAGGAGAUCAGGAAGUGAUGACUGAGGUGAGGACAUGGGCGGCACUGUGGAUUGGAGGGUGUGACACCAUUGGCUGUCUGCAACCAGUAUGAUGUACGCGUGCUUACUUCAGAAAACAAAUGUGCGUAGGAUUCUUAUUAGCAAUCCAGAACUCUUUUUCCAGGCUGGCUAGUGACUAUUCAAUGAUUUGGCAGGAGGUGGAGUUACAUCUUCUGCAACGGAAGGGUUAAUCUUCAUGUGUGCAGCGUUUCAUAGCAAAACGUACAGACUCCAGGUACCAUAACCACUUCACAACAGUGAAGUGGUCACAGAGCUAGAAGUAACCCUUUAAGCUUUUAUUAAGUGGUCAGAAAUGCUAAUUUAAUACAAAUGGACUUCUAUGUUCGUGGAAUAGUAAGCAAACUAGCUUGCAAACAAACUAAAAUAAAGCAACAAAAUGUUGUUAUAAAGUUUAUAAACUUAUUAUGAAGUUUGUCAGUUUGCUUAGUCUGGCACACCCCUGAGCUAGGGGAGUUUCUUCAGCCUCUCACCUACUCAGUAAUCCACCCAACUCAUUUUCACAUGACCUAGCCAUGCAUGAGAAACUAUGUGCAUAUUCAUAACCUUUGCAAACAAAAGAGUAUCAUGGUAUCCAACUGACGUCUAGGGGCUUAGGCAUUUUUUCCUUUGGCACAUAUUCAUUUGUUAAAAAAACGUAUAACCUCUAUCCCACUUUAUGUCUGGGUAAUUAAAAUCUCCAAUAAUUAAAGUGUGACCUCCAAAUGUUUAGCUUUCCCAGUUUGCUCUAACAUCUGUUCUUCCUCAUCAAUAUUAACAUACUACAUUAGUUGGUUUAUAACAUAUCCCAACCAAUAAUUGAUUUACCUUCUUUUACCCCAAGCAGAUAUCUACCUCUAACGUCUCCACAUGUCCCUCAUCACAUUCUACUUGUUUAAUAUUUGGCUUUAACUCAUGGUUGAAAUACAAACAUAACCCACCACCUUUCCUGUUUUUUUUUCUAUCCUUCCUUAAGUUAAAUGCCCGGUCAUGUGUCUCAUCCCACCAUGUUUCUGUUAUGCCUAUUAUGUCAUAUUGCUUAGUGUAUGCUAUUGCCUCUCGUUUCCCCAUUGUGUUAUUUAGGCUCAUUGCAUUAGUAACCAUACAGUUUAUAUUGUCAUGGAUCACUUGUACUAUAUGUAAAUUAAUAAACAUGUGUUUGUUUCAGAAGAAGAGUCAGAGCAACAACCAAAAAAGUUUCAUUCUAGGCCCACAAAAUCGAGUUCAUAUGCAGCUACAAAGACUUCUCCACCCAUCAUUCCACUUACUGUAACCAAAGACAGUGGUACGUUUGUUAGUUUCUGACUUUUUUUUUUUUCUGUUAUGUAAGCAUGUCAUUUAUUAUCCUAGAUAUUCCUCUUUGUAUUUACAUCACAAAACUAUGAAUGGAAAUAUCAGUAAGUUGAUUGCAGUUGCUGUCGGGUUAAGCUGCAGUUAUCUUCAUGUUAUGCAAUGUAUGGAAGUGCUGUUGAGUUCUAAGCCACUUAUCUCACAAACACAUACUGGGAAAAGGUUUGCUCUGCCGCCAUCAAAAACAAUGGGAAACUUUUGUGAGUUAUAUUAGACAGUGUUUCUUAUGGUGUAGCUCUAAAAUUAUUAAACUAACAAGUGUCUGGUUUGUAGGUUUAACUGUUAACGAUUUUUUUUUUGUUUUUAUUUUUUCAGGAUCAUCACAGGGUACCUGUCUAAAGUUUGCAAUACUGAUGUUUCUAAGUGUAAGUGUUGCCUUUUGUGUAACUUUUGUUCUGCAACUGAAAUACAAUCAUAGAGUUAAUGAGAAAAUGAUCACUGUGAAAGCUUUUCAAGAAUGGAUUGGACAGCUGAGGUCUCUUUAUCCUGGCCAGUCUGAGAAUCUAUGGAAAAGAAGCCAGCGUAUGUUUGAGCUACAUCUCAAUAAAUCACAUCUAGAUGAACCUGCCAUCCUUUUAUUAACAGCAGCUCAAGAUGCAGAGAAAACCCUUUUUUGUGUCGGCAAACAAUUUGCGAAGGCGUAUUCAAAAUCGCGAAAAGGCAACUAUACUGUGAUCAACGGGGUUCUUACAAAGUUCAAUAAUAGCGAGGAAGCUAAGCUGUCAAUAGACCGUACUUUAAGUGAGGGCUUCGGGAACACUUCCAAGGCAGCAUUGCUACACCAAAUAGAAACAUUGCCACCAGAUUCACUUCUUAUUCUUUAUAAAUAUUGUGAUCACGAAAAUUCUGCUUUCAAAGAUGUUGCACUGGUGCUAACAGUACUACUACCAGAUGACACAUUGGAUCCAAAAAUAAAACUUAACACACUGGAGGAGAAAGUCAGAGAUUUCUUAAAAGAUACUUUUAUUGGCCCAGAAACUGUUAAUUCGCAUGAUAAAAUGGACAUAGAUAAAUUAAGUGGAGUAUGGAGCCGCAUUGCUCAUGCUGUUUUACCGGUGUAUCCAGAAAGUGAAAACAUGGGAGAUUGUGGGGAAACAGAAAGCAGAGAAUAA